AUGGCCGAAUUUAUGCCUACUUAUCAGCCUACCAAGGUGUUUAAAGAUCGUAGGGAAUUAAAGGAAGUAGACUAUCGGGCCUUAUAUCGGUUUAGUAAAGUUAAUGUUGAGUGGAUAAGUAACCAUUUUCUUGGAGAGACAGAAGAAUAUAGGGGCGGUGCUUUGAGCAAUAUAGAAAGAAUGAGGGUUUUUUUACGAUAUGUGGGUGAUCCAGGAUUUCAAAUUGGCAUAGGAGAAGCUAUUGGUGUCCAUCAAUCUACGGCAUCCUGUACCGUUUCCAACGUUAUAACACGCAUUGUGCGGAAGUCGAGCAUUUGGAUUAGAUUCCCAACCACAUGUGAAGAUCUACACAAUGCUAAAAAUGAGUGGCAAGAAAAGUUCAAUUUUCCUUCAGCUAUUGGUGCUAUAGACUGCACCCAUAUACCUAUUCUGAACCCGUUUAUUCAUGCAAACGAAUAUGUGAACAGAAAGAACUUUGCUAGUAUAAAUGUACAAGCAACGUGCAAUUCAAACGAAGAGUUCACAAGUGUGGAUGUUUCUUGGCCAGGAUCUGUACACGACUCUCGGAUAUGGAAGAAUUCUGAUAUAUGA